AUGGAAGUCGAAAAUAAUAGCAGUAGCAGCAUCACUUGCGCAGGCGAUAGUUAUAAAGAAGAAGAAGAAGAAGAGGAUGAUCGUGCACAACUUCCCGGUUUUCGAUUUUACCCGACUGACGAGGAGCUCGUCGGUUUUUAUCUGAAACGAAAAAUCGAGAAGAGGCCGAUUAGUAUCGAGCUUAUUAAGCAGGCCGAUAUUUAUAAGUACGAUCCAUGGGAUCUUCCAAAAUCGGGCAAUGUCGGGGAUAAAGAGUGGUACUUCUUUUGCAAAAGAGGACGAAAAUAUAGGAACAGCAUAAGGCCCAACCGGGUCACGGGCUCGGGUUUUUGGAAAGCAACGGGCAUCGACAAGCCCGUUUACUCCUCCGGUAAAGAAGGUGGCCGUGAUCGUGUUAUCGGCCUAAAAAAGUCCCUCGUUUAUUAUCGCGGGUCUGCCGGAAAAGGCACCAAGACUGACUGGAUGAUGCACGAGUUCCGGCUGCCGCCGGCAAUCGACGGCAAAACAGCCAAACACGGCACUAUGGAUGAUGUCACUAAAAGCCCUAGUGCCCAAGAAGCUGAAGUUUGGACCCUAUGCAGAAUACUCAAGAGAAACACCUCUCACAAAAAAAGUCUACCCGAUUGGCGCGAUUCGACUGGCGGGCGAACCACAAUCGACCCAAUAUCCGAUUUGGGAUCCAAAACGUGCCAAAUUUCUCAAAAGAGCUACAAUAUUUGUUUCGAUUCACCAAAUGUAAGGCCGACCGGCGGCCAAAAACCGUUAGCGGACAUUGCUUAUCAUGACCAAAACAAUGUUCCAAUAAAUCAACCUUUUCCAACCGGCCAAUUUUUUGGCUCGUCGAUGGUUUUUACAUCUGAAGACCCGUCGGGUGGUUCGUUGUUUUCGGGCUCGAUUUGUGGUGAGAUGAGUGAGUUCUUGAGGCAUGAGGAUUGGGGUGGUGACCGUCGUUCGGUCGUGGACUGUGCCAAGGGUGCUAUUGAUGGGUGGUUGCCGGAAAGCGGGUUGCGGCUGCUUACUUCUAGGCUGCGGGGUGGGUGGAUCUCGGUGAUGGCAGCGCAUGGCCUUGAAGCUCGCGGCUAUUGCUGCUCGGAGAACUUCGGGUCUGAGAUUUCCUCGACAAGGGCUUGCUGUGAGGACGCAUGUGAAAUGCGACGGCGGUAG